ACCCCGGGGCGGUGCUGCUCCGGCCCGGACGCGGCCCACGGAGGCCUCGGGCGGAGGAGGCUGGAAAAGAGGCCAGGCGGCGGGAAAGGGGGAUGAUUCAUCCCCGGGAGCCCGAAUCGGAAACACCGCAAUCUGGGAACAGCCUUGCCUGGGCCGACGAGAGAUCCGGGAGGACAGUCCGUCCGGCGAGGACCUGCGUCCCGCACUGGCAGUCCCCUGCCUCCAGCCCCGGUCCUAGUCCGGCCUUGGGGGGGAGGGGGAGGCCUCUUCUGGAGGAGUGGAAAAGAAUCCUGGACAAAGUCCGCCGCUGCCUCCUCUGCUCUGACUGGCUGGUCUCGGCCAGAGCGGUCUUCCCAGAGUCUAGCUCAAGUCUCUCCUGCUGCAGCUCCAGUGCUGGCUGAGGAAGUCUGCAAGGAGGGGGCGAGCAAGGAGAAGCCGGAGUCAGAGACACCCCCGGCGGCCCUCGCUGCGAGCGCCCGGACGACCACGCGAUGACGGCCGGGAGCCCCGGAGACGGCGGCGCGCGCAGGAGCCCCGAGGGCCGCGUCUCGCGUCUGGGCCGCCGCCUGGGCCGGCGCCGGCGGCCGCGCUCCCCGCCAGAGCCGCUGCGGGUGCGGGCACGGCUGCGGCUGCGCUCGCCGUCGGGGGCGUUCGCGGCGCUGGGCGCGCUCGUGGUGCUGGUGGGCAUGGGCAUCGCCGUGGCCGGCUACUGGCCGGGCCGCGCCUCCCACGCCCCCAGGACCGGCCGCGCGCACGGGCCACACGAGCGCCUGCGGCUACUGGGGCCGGUGAUCAUGGGCGUCGGCCUGUUCGUGUUCAUCUGCGCCAACACGCUGCUCUACGAGAACCGGGACCUGGAGACGCGGCGGCUCCGCCGGGGCGUGCUGAGGGCGCAGGCGCUGCGGCCGCCCGACGGCUCUGGCUGGGACGCGCUGCUGCCCAGUCCGGCGCAUGGGUCCCCGGGCACCGUCGCGGAGCCUGAGACUUGGGACCUGGCCCCGAGGCGGGGUCCCUCGCCCGUCCCGUCGGUGCGCAGCCUGCGGUCCGAGCCUGCCAAUCCUCGCUCGGUGUUGCCCGCGCUGCUCCAUAGCUACCCGUUGAAGGGCCCGGGGCUGCCGCCACCUUGGGGUCCUCGGACUCAGACUGGCCACGUGAUCAUCACGGUGCAGCCCUCUGGUUCCUGCAUUGAGCACUCCAAGUCUCUGGACCUGGGUCUGGGGGAGCUCCUCCUGGGGACUCCAGCAGCUCGGGACUGUGCCCACCGAAGCUGGCCACGGCUUGACAGACUCAGCUUGGGUGGCUACGCCAAAUUAGGAGGGGACUUGGGGGCCAGGGUCUGAGGUGCAAGGGAUAACCUGCUGUGAGGCUACCAGCGUGGACCAUGGGACCAGGACACCAGAAGUCCAGUGUCCACUAGCUGUUUCAGUCACCUCUGAGGCUAGGAUGGAUGCUGAGGUGACAGCAGCCGCUCCGGCUCCUGACCUGCAUGUGUAGAGCAGUGCCAGCUGCACCGGGCAAGCCUCAGGGGCAUGUGUUAAUGUGGACACCAGCAUGAUUCAGCCUCAGGAAUUUCUUCAGCCCCUGUGGCCUUAGCCUGGCACAGGUACCCGAGAGGCUGCAGGCUAGGCCAAGAGCAUCCAGAGAUGCACCGGUACCUUGGCAAACUCAACAGUGGUAGGUUGGGAUGUCUCAGGCUGGGACAGGCUCCCUCCAAGGUGGCAAUGGUGAUGGACGUGGGACCUCCCGGGGAAGGUGGGCAAUGAAGUGGAACGCAGACCCUCUGCAGCUGUCCGGGGCAGUGACUGCACCUCUAACUGCUGCCGCUUCAAACCCAUUCUUCCUGCAGCCACGUGGGCUGUCCCGGCGGGGCUAACUACUGCCAGUGCCCUGCUCCUGGGGUCAGACAGCCCUCCUGGAGACAGGUCUGUCUCACUUUUGUCGCAACGCCUCUCCCAAGUUGGCAGAAGGCACCCGCCAGUUCUCAGCAGUUCCUUCCACAUUCCGGAGCUGCAUGCACACUCUGGCCAGUGUGGGCAGCUUUCUUUCUGGACACAGCAGCUUCUCUUCUCAUCUCCCCUGCCCAGGGCUAAGGUUUAAUUUUUCCCACACUUUUGUUCGAAGAGAAAUUUUAAAGUGGAUCAAUCCUCACAGUCAGGUCUUUUAUUUUAUUUUUUUUAUGUUUAUUGAAAAAUGCCAUACAAGAAGCAAGACCAAACACUUAACCUAAAACACGACAGCCACAUCUGUCGCUAUGAAGGGUGCAGACAGCAGUUCUGAUACUGCCUAACUCACCUAAGGGGUUUUCAGUUGGACUCUGCUGCCAUAUUUUGUCAAAUGUAAACAACUACUUGAUAUGAUUCAUAAUUUUUAAAAAAUUUACAAAGCUCCUUCAUUUUUGUCAUCAAAAUAAUAGAUCUGAGAGAGAUUUGUAAAAACAACCAGCCUGGGGCUUACAUUUCUCAUGAGCAGUGGGGAUGCUGGCUAGGCCGAAACUCCAGCUCCACUUCUCAAUGUGGGCCACGGGCCCCCCAACCCCAGCUGCUCAGCAUCCCCCAGAAUACACUGCUGGCCUGGGGGAGGGUCCCUGGAGUUAGCCUCCUUGGGCCCUCAGCUUAGGAAUAUAGGGCUUGCUUUGUGGGUGGGUGGCAGAGAUCUCAUGUGGUUUGAAGGAAAUCUACUUCUGAAGUAAAAAUAAAACUGCAGUUGGGUUUGUUA